AUGGCGGCGGAGGCAGGCGCUCCUGGUUAUAAGUUAAGGAAGAGGAAAGCAACAGCACACGAGGUGCCCGGAUCGGAUGCAGAGGGAGGAGGCGCCGGCGUCGAUCGCAUCAGCGACCUCCCCGACGAGGUCCUCGGGGACAUCGUCUCGCUCCUCCCCACCAAGGAAGGCGGCCGCACCCAGGUCCUCGCCUCCCGGUGGCGCCGCCUCUGGCGCACCGCCCCGCUCAACCUCGACCAGCGUUCCUUCUUACGCGACGAGGAGGGCCUCGAUGUCAUCAUAUCGCGCGUCCUCGCCGCCCACCAGGGCCCCGGCCGCCGCUUCUCCGCCCCCGUCUACCACCUCGCCGGCGACCGAGCGGAUGCCUGGCUCCGGUCCCCCGCCCUCAACAGCCUCCAGGAGCUCGAGCUGUGCAGCUUCAGUCACAAGUUACCGCGUCCACCGGCAACGGUGCAGCUGCCGCCCUCGGCCGCCUUCCGCUUCUCUGACACGCUCUCUGUUGCCGUCAUCGGAGAUUGCCACCUUACCGGCGACAUCAUUCAAUCGCUUCACUUCCCUAAGCUUCAGAAGCUCGCGCUUCAGAGGGUCAGCAUAUCUGAAUCCUCGCUGCACGCCAUGAUUGCCGCUUGCCCUGCUCUGGAGUGCUUGCUUAUUCAGAACAGUGGGGGCUUCAGUUGUGUCAGAAUCAACUCCAUUAGACUUAGAAGCAUUGGUGUGAGCGGUCAUAGCAAUCGGACAGAGACCAAAUUUAAGGAACUCAUCAUCGAGAAUGCCCCUUGUCUCGAAAGCUUGCUCACACUUGGUUCAUGCGAGUGCCGUCUUAUAUCGGUGAUCUCCGCGCCUAAACUGGAGGUCAUGGGCUGCCUUUCUACUCAUUAUGGUAUUACAAUCUCGUUUGACUCGGCACCGUUUGACUCGACGGUUAUUCAGCGAAUGAGGGUUGACCGUCUGACGACAGCGGUGCGCACUGUCAAGAUUUUAGCUAUUCUUAUGCAUUCUCUUAGUCUUGAUGCUGUUCUUGGCUUGAUGAGAUGCUUUCCGUGCUUGGAAAAGUUGUACAUUGAGUCAAGUGGACCAGGGAUUAGCAACUUACGGCGUCGUAAACACCGGACUCUUAUAAGAUCACUUGACAUCCCUCUGAAGACCAUCGUAUGGAAUUAUUAUCGGGGAAUUAAGUCACAUGUUGACUUGGCCACAUUUUUUGUACUAAACGCUCGCGUGCUAGAAUUAAUGACUUUUGAGGUUAAUGUUGAAGAUUUCAACGAGGAGUUUUUUGCACAACAUCAUAAGAAGCUUCAGGUGGAUAGUAGGGCCUCAAGAGGUGCUCGGAUUCGUUUUACUACCGAUUGGUGCUAUAAUUACCAUAUGAAGCUUAGUGUCCAUGAUUUGGGUCGAGCUGACCCCUUUGAAAGGACACACCCUUUGCAAGGAGAUACCACUUUUGAGCUUUGCUAACUGUUAGUUUCUUUAAGUUUGUAUUAUCUUGGAACCUUAUUAUCAUAAUGUUAGUUCUGUUGAAACCAAUUUGUAUUCAGCUCGUUUAAGUUCGUAUUAUCUUGGAACCUUACGGCAGUUAAGCAUGCUAUAUAUUUU